CGCAGAGCUGCUCAGCCUCUAGGACUUGACAGUGUUGGUGUUUGCGGGUGCUGAACGCGGUGCACAGCAGCAGCCGGAUAGAAAUCUGCAAAGAUGGCCUCGGCAACAGCAACCUAUGGACAGAAGGAAUCUUCGGACCAGAACUUUGACUACAUGUUCAAGAUCCUCAUCAUUGGCAACAGCAGUGUGGGAAAAACCUCCUUUUUGUUCCGCUACGCCGACGACUCGUUUACACCAGCUUUUGUCAGCACGGUGGGGAUUGACUUCAAGGUGAAGACCAUCUACAGGAACGACAAGAGGAUCAAACUACAGAUCUGGGACACGGCGGGUCAGGAGCGUUACCGCACCAUCACCACAGCUUACUACCGAGGAGCCAUGGGCUUCAUCCUCAUGUAUGACAUCACAAACGAGGAGUCCUUCAACGCCGUCCAGGACUGGUCGACUCAGAUUAAGACCUACUCGUGGGACAAUGCCCAGGUGCUGCUGGUAGGAAACAAAUGUGACAUGGAGGAUGAGAGGGUGGUGAGUGCAGAGAGAGGCCGGCAGCUCUCAGAACAUCUCGGUUUUGAGUACUUUGAGGCCAGCGCUAAGGACAACAUCAAUGUGAAGCAGACCUUUGAGCGCCUUGUAGAUAUCAUCUGUGAAAAGAUGUCUGAGAGUCUGGAUGCCGGUGAUCCCGCCAUUACGGGUGCCAAACAGGGACCCCAGCUGACAGAGCAGCCUGCGCCUCCCCACCAGGACUGUGCAUGUUAAAGCUGACUCAUCCCCCAAACCCCUUUUCCUACUAUGUCUUUCCUUGUACGUCUUUAGCUGGACCCCAGGUCCUUGGAUCCUUACUUCAGCAUCCUGUUCACUCCUCUUCGGGGUUCAUUUUUUUUUUGCUAAUGACCACAAGAGAAAGGCUGGAAAAAGUCUGAAAUGCUGCAAGCAAGCGGUGUUUCCACAUUUUAAAGGUGUUUCUGUUGAGUUUCUCCACAAACAGGAGUGUUAACAUUGUUUUUAUCAGUGCAGGUGUUGAUCUGAUGCCAAAGCAAGCCCAGUAAAACCAGAGCAUUUCUGACUUUUUGCAGCCCAGGCUCUUGCUGGUUUCCCUGAUUCUCAGUAUGGUUUUUCAAGAAGGAUUUAAUGGUAAGUAUCCUCAGUGUGCCAUUUAAAUCCUUCCAAAGUUUACACUACUUUGUUUCAUGUCUUGAAGAGAUGAAGCCUUGGAUAUGGUGACCAAGAGGUUCACUGUGGUGUUACGCGGUUGUUACGAUCCAUCUAAGAAAUAAUCAAAACCGAUGUAUUACAUUUCAGAUUCGUCAUAUACAUUUCAUUUUUUUAUUCUACCUAUUUAAAAUUGAAGACUGCAGGAAUUAGCAAUCAUUACCUUUUCCAUCUGAGCAUCUUCCAUCAUAAUUUUUUACUCCAUCAUUACUUCUGAAUUUUUUUAUUUUGCAUUUUGUUCUUUUCAUAACCUAAACCACAGAAAGAGUAAAAGAUAAACAAGCUUUGGUAAGAUGAAAAAGAGAAAAAAAUAUAUAAAUUAAAAUAAUUUUUAAUUUAAUUCUAUUUAUUUCAGAUGUACAAAUAAAUGUUGUGCAAUAUAUACAUAAACAUAUAAUAUAUACAGGUAUGCACUUCUGGAAAAACAUUUUAAAGAGUAUGAUGUACUGCGAGGACAGUGUUUUGCUGUAGGACAUGUUUGUUUGCUCUUCAGGGAGUUACUGUUUCCUUGCUUGUGACUCCUUUCAGGAAUUAUGCAAUUUCCAAGUUUCACUUCAGUACAGGAAAAGAGUCAAGAUUGCAAACUCCAUAUAUAGUUUCAUGUGUCCCCCUAAUUGUUUUCCAAAACCCUGACUGAAGUUAAGAUUUUAAAAUCAACUACAAGCUGUCAUAUUGGACAGGCCUUGACGCCACUUAACAGAAUUUAAUGUUAGACUUUCAGAAUAAAUUAGGUAUAAACUCUUAAUGUAAACUCUUAAUGAUCAUGGAUACAACCUUUGUGGUGUCCUUGAGCUGGAAGUUAACCCUAAAUAAAUUAACACUAAAACUUAAAAAAAAUAAUUUCCAAAGCUCAAAGUCAUCUGAAUCGUCUGUAAGAUUGUAAGAAUGAUGACAAAUUUUACUGUUUGUUGUUACUUUAAUAAUAGGUGUGAAAAAGAAAAGUCUUUCAAACAGUUUUGUGCUUUCUGAACCAUUUGGAGGUGGAUUUCAAGGAUGAAAAUAAUGUCGUUUAGUAGUUGAUUCUGUCUUUAUCUGGUUGCUGACUGUCUUUGGUGAGAGGAAACAGAAGGAGAGAAUAGUGUUGACUGAGUUUGUUGUUGUCACAGGGUUUUUAUUUGUGAAAUCUGUGCUAAUUAUUUGGUAUUAGUCCUUGACGGGUGCGACACUAAAGCAUGAGAAAUCUCCAGAGAAAUCAAACUUAAGUAAGUAAAAUGAACUAAUAAAUCUUUCUGAUGUUGCAUCUAAAAACAGAAGAGUUGAUAGAUAAUAAUAUGAAAUGCACUGCCCUCAACAAUCAUUGGCACCCCCUCCAAAGAUGUUUAAGAAGCAUUACAAUAAAAUAUUCUUUUGGGGUUUUGGAUUUUCUUUAUUUAUUGUAACAAUACAUGUGGCCAAGUUCAGGUGAGGAGCUAUUUUCUUGCAGUAAUUUCCUGACUUACAGUAUGAAGAUGAACACACAUCUGCCGUACUUGAAUUGCAUGUUCUCGUCUUUCCUAUUUUGAACAUUGGCUAAGUGAAAUAGGGUUAUGUGUCACAAUAUAUUUAUACUGAAGAUACAGGAAUUACUGAUUUUGUAAAGCUAUACUGACAAUAGUAAUCUAAAUCUUCUUCCUUCAGUAACAACUUCGACAUUGAAGAGUGUUGUCUGCAUGAUCUUUUGUGCUCAUGUAUGGUGUAAAUACCUUGGAUUGUUUUUGUUUCCAGCUGACCGAUCACUUGUCAGGGUAAGAUGAAAUUGGCCAUCACCAGUUGAGUUGUCGGUACAAAUUUAAUUUAUAUACUCCGUGAAACAGGAAGUGAUGGAUUAUUUACAAAAUAUUCUUGACACUGAUCAACCUAAACCAGUAAAGUAUAAACUGUGAAAAUGCUUCAGUUUUUUGUGUUUUUAAAUUAAUAGGUAGUAGUGUCAUUAAGUGGGUAAAAAACAGUUAUUUCUUAUGAAGCGAUUUAUUCCUACAGAGCAAGUAGUCAAGUUAAAGGCUGCUUUUCUAAAUUCACAAAGCCCUCGGCGAGGUUAUGCUGCUACAAAAAAGCAUAGAUAUCUUAAGGCUUUUUACACAUUUAUACAAGGGGUGCCAAUAAUUGUGAAGGAGGUUGAACUAAUGCAGUCUGGGCAGGUAUCAACCCCUUGUGAUGAAGGGUCUGUCAAAACCUUCACUGUCUUUCUGUCUCACAUUAGAACCCUUUGGCCUGAACUUAAUCAAUUCAAGCAUUUAAAUACUAAUUUUUGCUUUUGCUCACAUCAGCUGUAGUAACUCAAGUGGCUGAAAGGGAUCCUUUUCAAAUUUCUGUGCUUAGUAAAAAUAGCAUUUGAACUGAAACUUUAGCAGAGUUCGUAUUGCUGAGCAACUCUAGUUGACUCUUGCAGGUUCAGAUGUAAAUGUUGCUGUGUUUAGCUGGUUGAAUGUUGAGAAGCCUAAAACAGCUGGAGGCAGGGCAGGCAGCUUGAGCUUGAGUAUUCACCUGUUCGAAAAGUCAACACAGCGCUGCUUUUAUGGGCCCACCUUUGCUCAGAACGUAUUUACACACUGGUUUUGCUACAUUUCCCAAGGCUAAAACUGGUUUUCUGGUAUUUGUCUUUAUUUGAUAAAGGAUUACCAUAGAAGCGGCUUGCUGUAUUUGUCCCACAAAGCCAGACAAAGAAUGAUAGACGAGUUUUAUGGGUUUAGAGUUGCAAUAAAACAAGUUUGCCAGAAAAAAAAAAGAUUAUUUGUGGACUGAAAUUGCAAGACAAAAACUACGCAAAUCAAAAAAAAAAAAACUGUAAUAUUAAAAUAGACUUGAUAAUGUCUGUGUUUUUGUUUUAUUUUAAGAGCACCUGAAAUUACUGCUAAUGUUACAGAGAACGAAUCCCGAGCCAGUUCAGUGAUUUUUCUCCCUGUGAAUAUUUCUUUCUUACUGGUUGUGACUGUUUUGAGUAAAAUCCAAACUGAUAAACUGUUCUCCUUUCUAAUAUGUCUUCCUCUCCAUAUAAACCUUAACCUGUAAAUACUUUAUCUUUCAGUCAUGUGGAUUGUGUUGUGUCGACUCAGUCUUGCAUCCAGAAACAAAGGAGGAAAAAAAAGACCUGAAACCCCAGAAAAGAGCCAUGUUAUACUGUAUCUGCAUUGAUUUCUAGGCCUACUUGUGAAUGAAUGUGUCACUUGGCUAUGAAACAAAACACACUGCAGCAUAAAACACAAAAACAAACGGCAUCAAGCUUGGUAGAGGCUGCCGACUGUAGAUCUUCUACUAGCACGCAGGAACGUGUAUGUUUUUCUUUUUGGUCUUGUAUCACUGCCUUUUCAGAUCCUUUCAGUUUGGACCAUUAAAGUGCGAGAAUAUGCUGUGGAUGUUUUUAUCUGUACUUUGUGGUAAAACAAUAAAAAGAAAUGCUGAAAAGAA